CUUUCCAGACAUUGAUUAACGAACGAUAUUGUAAAGUUGUGCCUCGUGGAUUGAGUUUACAAAGUUUUAAAAAGUUGACGUGAAAAUUUGAGAAGGGUGAAGAAGGAAAUAUAUUUGUUGGAUUUAUUAAUAAUUUGUGAAAAGCAAAAAAAUGCUGAAGAAAAUUGGAAUUGUUCUUUUGUUGGUCCAUUUAUUUCAAGUAAAUGGCCAAUACUCCGAUAAUAACAAAGAGUUUGAAGGAUCGGGUGAAACCACAGUGGAUACGAUCAUUACUGAUGAUGAAGAUAUGAUUGACAUGAUGGAAGGUUCUACAUCAGGUCACAUGGAUUUACCUUCAUAUGAUGAUGAACUCUUUCUUGUUCACUCCUUGAAUAAAAAUUUAAACUUUUCCACUCUUGCUACACCUACAACAGGAAUGAAUGAAGUAACAACAACGAUAGUAAGAGAUACACCACCUUCACUUGAAAAGGAAACUUGGGAUGAGGAACCUGAAGUAAUCCUUGAGUCCACCCCUCCACUUUCUGGUCAUAAAGACAAGGAGGAGAUUGGAGAAGUUCCUGUCAAAUCAAAGUUCGAUGUUGAACCAAGUGAGAUGGGUGAUGGAGAUAAUGUAGAGGUUAAAGACAAUGAAGAUGGGGAAGUUCUAUCUGAAAAGCCAAGUGAUCCAAAAAAGACGGUUUCAUUUGCUCAAAGCAGUCAGUUAAUGGCAGCGCUUAUUAUCGGCGGGUGCGUGGGUCUCCUGUUUGCCGUGUGCGUUAUCAUGCUUCUUGCAUACCGCAUGCGAAAGAAAGAUGAAGGAAGUUAUGCUCUCGAUGAACAAAAGAAACCCGCAUCACCUUCUGCUUACCAGUACUCACAGGGGCAGGAAUACUACGCCUAGUCGAACUAUAGAGCGAAUGAUGCGUGCCAAGUUAUCCAUGUAAAUAAUAUCUGCUCUUCACAUUCAACUAUCUACCUGUAUUAUCAGCACAUAUGUAGUGGAUAGACAGCCAGUUUGACACCACCCUCUACAUUAGGGUACAUUGCUUGUUCUGUAUGGUAAGAGUUGGGAGAAAAUGAGCUAUUGCUCUGAUUUUUAUUGCCAUCUGGAACUUUAUUAUUAUUAUUACUUGUGUCCUACAACAUUUUUUGUGUGGUUUUGUACAGUUUUCCAGUCUAAAACUCGGUGCGUCACUUAAGUUCACAAAUUUUCAUAUCUCAAGGUCCUAACCACAUUUUGACGUAGCAUUAUUUGCUCAUAAUGUCCAUUGUUGUUAAAUGGUGCAAACAUUUCAAAGUUGCUGAGGCUGUUAAACAGUUGCUGAUCUCCUUAUACACUCGGUGCUAGUAUUUUUACAUUUUAAACACAGAUAAUUUAAAAACCAUAAUUUUUAACAAUGUUAAAGCAUAGGAAAUGUAUUUUUAAAGAUUUCCCAGAUUUUUAUUGAAUGUUUUCAAUCAGCACAUGAUAAUUGUUGCAAGGCCCUUCUUAUGUAAGUGAAGCUCUUUCUAGUUGCGUUUUAUCAUUUUUGUUGUUUUGAUUUUUGUUUGUGGGAUUAGAAUCAAGAUGUUUUCUCCUUAGAUUUCAUGGCCAGUGUUUCCUUUAUUCGAAAUUUACCGCAAAAUCUAAACAUUUUAAAUGGUGAUGAAAACACUGGCCAUGGAACAUGUAUUUAAUCAUCAUUGUAUGUAAAGUUAUAACAUACAGUUGGUGGACAUAGCGAACAUUACGCUCCUUGUACAAAAUACUCCAAGUGCAUUCCUACACUAAGUAACCCUCAAAAAUAUAUCAUUAAUUAUUAAGCUUUUUGCUUUUAUCUGUUACAAAUGUAUCAGGUACAAAUCGCAGCAUGGUUUUGGUGCUUUAGCAAGCUCACGUAAUGUCGUUAUCAAACUGAACACGUAUUGUACAAAGUAAUACAUUUUUUACAGUAA